AUGAAUGGUUGAGACCUGUGAUGAAAAAAGACAAGCAGGUGCUGGUACACUGGGGCUUUUUUCCAGACAGCUAUGACACUUGGGUUCAUGCCAAUGAAAUAGACGCUGAAAUUGAGGAUCCUCCAAUUCCUGAAAAGCCAUGGAAGGUUCACGCCAAGUGGAUAUUGGACACAGAUAUAUUCAAUGAGUGGAUGAAUGAAGAGGAUUAUGAGGUAGAUGAGAACAGGAAAUCAGUGAGUUUUCGACAGAGAAUCUCCAUGAAAAACGAAGAGCCUGUACGUAGUCCGGAGAGGAGAGACAGGAAAGCAGCGGCAAGUACAAGGAAGAGAAAGCAUUCUCCUUCUCCACCCCCCACUCCUGUGGAGUCGAGAAAAAAGACGGGGAAGAAAGGACAAGCAGCCUUAUAUGGGAAAAGGAGAGGGCAGAAGGAAGAAGAUGAGCAAGAAGAUCUUACAAAGGACAUGGAGGAUCCCACACCAGUACCUAAUAUAGAAGAAGUGGUACUUCCCAAAAAUGUGAACCCAAAGAAAGACAGUGAAAACACACCUGUGAAAGGAGGAACAGUAGCAGACCUUGAUGAACAAGAUGAGGAGGCAGUGGCAACUGGAGGAAAGGAAGAUGAAGAUCCUAACAAAGGUGAUCAAAGUCGGUCAAUUGAUCCAGGUGAAGAUAAUGUCACAGAACAAACCAACCACAUCAUUAUUCCAAGCUAUGCAUCUUGGUUUGACUACAACUGUAUUCAUGUGAUAGAACGUCGUGCUCUUCCUGAAUUCUUCAAUGGAAAAAACAAGUCCAAGACUCCAGAAAUAUACCUGGCUUACCGCAACUUCAUGAUUGACACCUAUCGCUUAAACCCUCAAGAGUACUUGACCAGCACUGCCUGCAGAAGGAAUCUGACUGGAGAUGUGUGUGCUGUCAUGAGAGUACAUGCUUUUCUGGAGCAGUGGGGUCUCAUUAACUACCAAGUGGAUCCAGAAAGCCGUCCCAUGGCAAUGGGCCCUCCCCCUACUCCGCAUUUCAAUGUGCUGGCUGAUACGCCCUCGGGACUCAUGCCUCUCCAUAUCCGCACUCCGCAGAUUCCAGCUGCUCAGCAGAUGUUGAGUUUUCCUGAGAAAAACAAAGAGAAGCCUACUGAUCUGCAGAACUUUGGACUUCGCACAGACAUUUACUCAAAAAAGACUUUAGCAAAGAGUAAAGGUGCCAGUGCUGGAAGAGAAUGGACAGAACAAGAGACAUUGCUGCUAUUAGAAGCUCUGGAGAUGUACAAAGAUGACUGGAACAAGGUCUCAGAGCACGUUGGGAGCCGUACCCAAGAUGAGUGCAUUCUCCAUUUCCUGAGACUCCCGAUCGAAGACCCCUAUUUGGAGAACUCUGAUGCAUCUCUGGGCCCGCUGGCAUACCAGCCUGUACCUUUCAGCCAGUCUGGCAAUCCGGUGAUGAGUACUGUUGCUUUUCUGGCAUCGGUGGUGGAUCCCCGGGUGGCAUCAGCCGCAGCAAAGGCUGCCUUAGAGGAAUUUUCUCGAGUCAGAGAGGAGGUACCACUGGAGCUUGUUGAGGCUCAUGUAAAGAAAGUACAGGAAGCAGCAAGAGCCUCUGGGAAGGUCGAUCCAACAUAUGGACUAGAGAGCAGCUGCAUUGCUGGGACGGGUCCAGAUGAACCAGAGAAAAUCGAUGGAGCUGAAGAAGAAAAAAUGGAAACUGAGACAGAUGGGCAGCAGUCUGAGAAGGUUGAAAACAAAGCAGAGAGUGAAAUUGAGGAAAGCGAUAAAGUACAAGAGGGAGAAAAUGAGAGAAAUCCAGAAAAAGAGCAAGAUAGUGAAGUGGCUGCAGACACCAAGCCAGAAGAAAAGGAGGCAGAAGAGAACAAGGAGAACGUUGAUGCAAUCAAAGACAAAGAAAACGAGGCUGGGAAGAAGAAAGUGGAACAUGAAAUCUCGGAAGGAAACGUAGCUACAGCUGCAGCUGCUGCCCUUGCCUCAGCUGCCACCAAAGCAAAGCACCUAGCAGCGGUGGAAGAAAGAAAGAUCAAGUCCCUGGUCGCCCUUCUGGUGGAAACGCAGAUGAAGAAGCUGGAGAUAAAACUUCGCCAUUUUGAGGAACUGGAAACCAUUAUGGACAGAGAGAAAGAAGCA